GUCGGAUUUGGGAAGAAAAUUGGUAGGGGCAAAAAUUGUUAGUGGCAGCGGUGAUUGAAAGAUAUGAUAUGGUGCCAUUUUCCCAAUAUUGAAAUUUUUCAUGAAAGUCCGCUGCGGGAUGGCUUGCACCAAUAUUUUGUGCAGAAUUGAAUCCUGAAUUUUUCUAAACGUUCCCUUGUAUGCGAAUAAAUCCAUAUCAGCCUUUUAAAGUUUUUAAAUUAUUAAAAAAAUACGAAAAAAUACAUUACUUAACAUUUCAUUGUUUCUUGUAACUAGAUUAUUUCGAAACGUCAAAAUGUGGAAUUCGAAUAUGGCAAAAAUUUUUUCGAGCUCACUCGGAUCCAGUGAUGGCGCUUUUUUCGUAUUCGUAGCAAGCAUUCGAAUUCGUAGAUUAUCUACGUUAGAUUCAGGGAUAGCCCUGAUUAUCUCCGAGUUGUUCUUGCGUCUACAAACUUAGUUGCAAAGUCCCACUCAUGGCAUGGUAUUCGACUUUUUAUCAACUGGCGAAUUGUAUUUGGCCAUAACUUUUCCUUUUCUAUAAGUACCUAACCCAUGAAGGAUUAAUUUUUCAAUAAUUUGUAUAAGCAUUGUGUGCUUGUUACAUUGUAGGUAUACAAAUUGGGAAGGCUGCUAUCUUUUAUAAGAACAUUGUUUUUGUACCAACCAAAUCAUAAACGGUUAAUAUUUUUUUCAUGCAGAGAGCGGGAGGAAAAAAUUGUUAAGAAUAUCAGAGAUCUGCAUAGAGAGAAAGAAAUCGAAGAAGAGCUUCGAGAGCGUAAAAAAGCGGAAAAGAAAGCUCGUGAAAAGGAAGAAGCGUACCAAGAAAGACUUAAAAACUGGGAAAUAAGAGAAAAGCGUAAAGCUAAGGAAUACGAAAAGAUUCGGAUUAAGGAUAAAAUGAAGCUUGAGGAACGAGAAAAGGAAGCAAAACGACUCAAAGAAUUUGUUGAAGACUAUGAUGAUGAACGAGAUGACCAUAAAUAUUAUAAGGGCCGAGAGCUGCAGAGAAGAUUGGGAGAUCGCGUCCGAGAAGCAGAUCUUGAUGCUAAAGAUCGCAACAAAGAACAAGAGGAAUUGGAAGAAUUGCGAAAUAAAAUAUUCAGUGGCGAAUAUGAAAAUCCUACACAAGAAUAUGAAAGAGCAAAGAAAGAGCAUGAGAAAUUAUAUAAACCUCAAAUAUUAAUCGAUGUGAAUUUAGAAAAUUUGCAACGUAAAGAACGUGAGAAAGAACGAAUCCGGGAAAAAUUGCAAUCAAUUGAAAGCAAUCGACACAUUCUUGAUGUUAAUUCAAAUGAUGAAGGCGAAAUGAAUGCCCUGGCCAAAUCGUAUUCCAUAGAGUCAAUUUCAAACGAAGAUGCCAACUCUAGACCAAAUUCUGCUUCAAAUAUUGAAAUCCACUACAGCCGCCAUGGUUCCGAGUCACGUGACUGUAUAUCGAGCGUGAAUGCGCAUGCAGGAAACUCUACACCGUCCGGUUCAUUGCAGAGUUUAGGCAAUUCAAGGUCUCAGACUACAGACGCCACUACAACACCCACACAGGCGCCCGUCAUAACUCUGAAUUUGGGUGCGAAUUCCAAAAAGAAGAAAAUAGAAUCCACUGGUGUGUUUAAUGCUGACGAGGAUGUUGAUGACGAGAGUAGCUCAAAACGGCGAAAAUUGGUUCCAUUGGAUUACGAUGACAAUCAAACAAGAAGUGGCGGAGGAAGCACAUCACAAACAGAACGCCAUAACUCGAAUGCCGGAAAAUCUAUCUCGAAAAAACAUGGUAAGAAUGAUACUGCCACUACAGAAACAGUGAAUAACAAAAAGGAGGAAAAUAAUACUAGGAUACACGAUGAAAAACGUCGGCACAUUAAAAGCAUCAUUGACAGGAUUCCUACACAAAAGGAGGAUUUGUUCAAUUAUAAGCUUGAUCGCAACGAAAUUGACAACAACCUUAUGGAAAGAAAAAUUCGACCAUGGAUAAACAAAAAAAUUAUUGAGUAUAUUGGUGAGCCCGAGCCAACGCUUGUCGAUUUUAUAUGCUCUAAGGUGCUUGCAGGAAGUUCACCCCAAAGCAUUUUGGACGAUGUGCAAAUGGUCUUGGACGAAGAAGCAGAAGUUUUCGUUGUGAAAAUGUGGAGAUUGCUAAUUUAUGAAGUAGAUGCAAAAAAGAUUGGUAUAGGUAAAUAAUAUGUGUAAUAUUAAGAAGCAUAUUUAUAUGAAUAAAACAAAAUCAAAAAAAGUUUC